AUGGCCGUUCCGGAUUAUUUUCUCGAUAAGGCGUUCGUUGAGGUUCGACAGGAGAACAUUGAUGAAUUCUUUGCCGUGCGAGGAGUACCAUGGCUAAUUCGCAAGCUGAUCGUCGGAAAAAUGAAAAACGGCCGAUUUCAUUUGACUAAACACGGAGACAAGUAUCACAUUGCUGUCGGAGAUCCCGGCAAAAACCUGGAAUACGACUUCACUCUCGGUGAGAAAAUCCGCGCCACUGGAUAUGAUGGGAAAGAGCAUGAGAUCACUUUCUCUUGCGAAGGCGGUCGCUUCAUCGAGAAACAUUUAAACCUGUCGCGUCCCGAGGUUGGCGAAGACGUCACCUACUAUGAAUUUAGGGACGGCACCCUGUACUCGGAAUGCACAGCUACGAAGGAGUCAAAAUCGGUCACCUGGAAGCGCGAAUUCAAGCAGAAA